AUGGAACCAUACGCCCACACGGCGGAUGAGAUGGAUGACAUGGUGAAUAAGCUAGGUCGUUUGAACUCGAGAGACUCCAGCUCGUCACGUCAUACGUCGUCAAUGGCAUCAUCAAUAGACGACAGGUAUGACGGCCGGCGACGAGUCCCAUCCGGCGGAAUGCCUGUGCCACGCACGCCUGACUCGCCGCGCUACCUUGGCCAAGACGACGUAUAUCGCAUGCCAACCUACGAGCUGGGGCAGCGACCCGCGAACUCGGUUUCUAUGCAGCCUCCCGGAACACCAAGGGCACCACAGUUUCACCGGAAAGAUUCGUACGCCUCAGAACGACGGCCAUCCAAGGGUUCCUCGGCCGGCUACAGCUUGUACCCCGCAGCCCCCAAACCGCCCAUAGCCAAGCCCUUGCCGCCGCUCCCCGUGCUGAACCGCCAGGGCUCGCAUCGGGCUUCAUCACAACCAUCGCUAGACGGGUCCGACCUGGGAUCUGGUGACACAUCCAGAUAUUCGCAGUCGUCGAGGGGGAGCACGUUGGAGCGGGUAUCCUCAUCCGGCAGUGCCGCGUCGCCUCCAGCCGCUCUGGGGCCAUCACCUGUCAUGCCUAGCGGCGAGUACCGUGCACGGCCGCAGCUGAUGCAGCCGGUGCAACCGGUGCAGCCAAUGCAACAGCAGCACGGAUCCUCGCCCGUCCACUUAGUACCGUGGAAACAACUCGUCGCCGUCAAGGACAAGCACCUCAAAGAACCCACCGUUUAUUUCUUCGACAUCUCCACCUCCUCCGCGACCCUUGCCAGCAAACAUGGCAACAACAUCAUCCGGAUAUGGUCCGUCGGCAGUGGCGAGGUGCAAAAUAACCUGAAGAUAUCCUGUUACACCAACGCCCAGCCCCGCUCGCGCGAGUAUUUCGUCCGAAGCCACGCCAUCCUCUCGGAAACCUCCAACCUGAUCGCCAUCGCCACCGGCUUCGGCGACACGCUCGAGAUCUGGGACUGGAGCAAGAAGAAGCGCCUCCAAACCAUCGACAACGCCAACCGCUGGGCCGCCGCCCCCGCCCCCCCCGGCCCCGACCACCCCCCACCGGAGCGCGAAACUCUCCUCACAGCCUGGGAGAUCCACGACGGCGCGCCCACCUCCAACACCCCCUACAAGGUCGUUGCCCCCUGGCAGCACGCCGAGCUCGACACCGCCCUGCCCUCCGGGCUCGCCACCUACGGCUCCGUCGCCGUCUCCAUCUGGAUCCCGGCCUCCUACCGCGCCGUCCCCAUCCCCGGUCGCGGCGGCUUCAACCUCGCCCCCGCCGCCGUCCACCACCGCCACGUCCUCGUCUGGGACUUUUCUGCGUCGUCGACCAAGACCUUCCGCAUCCCCAACGCUACCUCGUGCGUCUCGCCGGAUUGUCGCUUCGUCGCCUACUGUGAUGCGCGCGGCGUGGAGAGUGGGGCGCGCGGGUGCUUGGCGCUGGUCGAUGCCAUGACGGGACGGCAGUUGUGGUGCUGGCCCGAUCCAGGAAGCGGGGAUUGUUGGAUUCCGCGGAGGAUGCUGGCGUGCGGGCCGGCGUUGGGGGAUUUGAGUCUGGUCACAGAGAUGUGCUUUUCGGCGGAUGGCGGGUUUUUGUUUGUGGGCGAUGCGGAGGGGGGGAUUGGUGUGUUUGAGGUGAGGGAGGGGGCGCCUGGGAGUAGUGGCGGGGAGGUGGGGUUGAGGGCGUUGCGGUGA